AUGAAGAUCCUCCUCAUCUUCACCCUCUGUCUGAUCUCAGAUGGAGGAGCCUCCAAGGAAGUACCAGGAUAUUCAGGAGGAGGAGUCCUUAUCAAGUGCAAGUAUCAUACAGAAUACAGAGAAAACCAAAAAUAUUUCUGUAAGGGUUCAUGGCUAUCCUGUUCUGACCAAAUAAAGACAGGAGAUAAAAACGAGUGGAUAAAUUCAGGAAGAUUCUCACUGUUUGAUGACACCAAAUCAGCAGAGUUCAGAGUGAUGAUCAGAGAACUCACUGUAGAGGACACUGGGACGUACCACUGUGGAGUUGAUUUACCUAGUGUGAAAGACAUUUCCACAUGGGUGGAACUGAAGGUGACGGAAGAUCUGUCCAAUAAGAAGUCCAUCAGUAAGACUGUCCAUGUAGGAGGAGAUUUGAAUAUCAGCUGUAAAUACCCAGAAUCCCUCAGGAGUGACCACAAGUUUCUCUGCAAGACGAGGCUGAAAGAUUCCUCUUGUUUUAAUAAAGCAUCUGUUAAAGAAAGUAGAAAAGACUUAAAUAAGGGGAAAUUCUCCCUGUAUGAUGUCAGAGAAACACAAAUGUUGACUGUGAGUAUUAGAAAUGUAACUGAGAAGGACUCUGGUGAAUACUGGUGUGGAGCUGAAGCAGCCUGGACAUCUGAUCAUGGAUACAAGGUUUAUUUCACACAGAUCAACCUGACAGUUACUGAUCCACAUGUCCCAGUUUCAACCUCGAUACCAACACAACCUUCAUCAUCAUCAUCAUCAUCAUCAUCAUCAUCAUCAUCAUCAUCCUCAUCUGAGUCUACUCCAGCUUCUCCUCCAGCAGGUGAUUCUGCUCAGAUCCUCAUCACCCCCAGAGUCUAACUACAUGACUUUGAUGAAUCUGAUCCCUUAUGAAUGAUCAGCAUGUAGGUUAAAGUGACUGUCUGUUUGUUUCUCUUCCAGGAUUUCCAGUUUCCACUGUGAUCACUGUGUCUGUAAUUCUGCUGCUGCUUCAGAUUGGAAUCAUAUUCCUCUUUGUAAUUCUACAAAAGAAACACAAGA